GUGGCCGGUCGCCCGCAGUCUACCUUUAGUUCGUAUUGUAGUGACGCUAACUUUAAACAUUAUUUUUUUUGUUGUUGUUUAAUUCGUUUGCCAAAAUGAGGAGUCUUGCGUGUGUUCUCAUCGUCAGUGCGCUCACAUAUUCUGCAUACGCACAGGAGAGCUUCAAAUGCCCCGAUGAUUUCGGCUUCUAUCCACAUCACACAUCCUGCGAUAAAUACUGGAAGUGUGAUAACAAUGUCGCCGAAUUGAAGACGUGCGGUAAUGGCUUGGCGUUCGAUGCCAGUGACUCCAAGUUCCUCACUGAGAACUGCGACUACAUUCAUAAUGUCGAAUGUGGGGAGAGGUCACAAUUGGAACCACCAAUUGGUACAACGCAUUGUGAACGUUUGUAUGGUAUCUUUGCUGAUGCUGCCAAAUGUGACGUUUUCUGGAACUGCUGGAACGGUGAAGCUUCUCGUUAUCAAUGCUCACCUGGUUUGGCUUAUGAUCGUGAAGCUCGUGUUUGUAUGUGGGCUGAUCAAGUACCAGAAUGCAAAAAUGAAGAAGUUGCUGGUGGUUUCGCUUGCCCAGCCGCUGGUGAAGUAUCCAACUCUGGUACAUUCUCGCGUCAUGCCCAUCCAGAAGACUGCCGCAAGUAUUACAUCUGUUUGGAAGGUGUACCAAGAGAAUAUGGAUGCCCUAUUGGCACCGUUUUCAAAAUUGGUGACUCAGAUGGCACUGGCAACUGUGAAGACCCCGAAGAUGUUCCCGGAUGCGAGGAUUAUUACAAAGACGUCGACUUGAAGGCGUUAAAGAAAUUAGGAUAUUAACAGGACGAACUGUGUGAUUAACGAGAAGCUGUCCGAUCGUCCUUGUCGUCCUGCGACCGCGACUUCCUCACCGGGUGUCAACACUAAACUCUUCCAAAUCGAGAAACGAUUUACGACAAAUCGCCGAGUCACUAAUUAGUUUUUUUUUAUAUUUUGUUUAUUAUUUUAUGUGUUAAUUACUUGCCAGGAUCACAAUUUAGACAUCAAGACAAGAUACAAACCGAGAAACAUGAAAAAAUACAUAAAUUGUUAUUGUUUUAUGGAUUUAUGCGAUUAGCUAGUAUUUUUAUUCGAUGUACGUGUAAUAAAUCACAAAUCAUGUAAUAUAUUACAAUUAAGUUUUCGUAUAUAUAUUGAUUAAGUCAAUAAUAAACAAAUAAACAAAUUAAAUACAAAAA